AUGAGAGGCAUGAGUCUCUACACCGGUGCACUGGCGAGGAGCGUUUGGAACGAGCAUGGAUGGACCUUUCAAGAAUUCGUCGCUCCAAAAGUUGUUAUCUUUUAUCGGAAGGACUGGACAUUAUAUCUCGAUGAUCGCUCUCCCAACCACAAAGAGUCCCCUGAAAUCAUAAAGGAGUUGGAGGAUGCAACGGGGAUAGAUGCGCAGACCCUGGUGACCUUCCGUCCAGGUAUGAGCAGCGCCCGGGAGAAACUGCAAUGGGCAUCGAAGUGCGUCACCACCGUGCAGGAAGACGUUGCGUACUCAUUAUUUGGCAUCUCCGGCAUCUCCCUACCUGUCAUUUAUUGCCGCUCUAUGAUGCAGCGAGGCACGAGCGUAGUCUUAGAGUUCCGUCUUUGGAAGAGCGGAAGAAGCCGGCGCUUCUUCUUCUCACUCUUCCACCAGUAA